AUGGAUAAGCUACUUACCUUCCUCCCCUCAGCAGAGGACGGCAUCUUGCCAUACUACGUGCUAGUGGCAUCGGUCGCAGCCAUAGGCAACUCAAUCCAGAACCUCUUCACCCUGCAUUACACACGGCGCAUAUAUAACGGUCUCUUCGUCCCGAAUACUAGCAUCGCGAAUGCCGACUCCGUCCAAAAGCUUACACCCAUCACCUCUGCCGCUACCCUUAAGGACAAGCCCACUGCAGCAGACCAGGUCACGCCACUUGCGGCGCGUCUGUUUGGUGUCUACACGAUCCUGGCAGCAGCAAUCCGUUUGUACGGUGCUUAUCGACUGAACGAUCCCGCCUGGUACCAGCUAUGCUUGCUCACGUACGUGCUGGCGGCAUCCCAUUUUGCGAGCGAAAUACUAGUUUUUAAGACAUGCCGAGUGGGUUGGGAGCAUGCCUUCCCGCUCUCGGCAGGAUUUGGUGGAGCUGUGUGGAUGGUGCUGCAAUAUUCAAACUAUGUGAAGGCAUAA